UCGAGCGUGGGCGCGCCGCCCUCGCGGCACAGAAGCCCUACAGUGGAGUCCGCGGAGACGGGCGGCGCGCACGCCCGGACCGACAACACGCCGCGCUCGCCAGUCGCCACUCGCCACUCGCCAGUCGCCACAAGUCACACUGUGCGCCGAGCCCUGUGCCACUUACUCACUGGCACACCAUAAUACACGCUACAUAUUCAUAUUUUUAUAGCCACCUUGCACGUGAACGCGCGCCACGCAGUGAACUAAAACCCCUCUAAUUACCGUGAUUAUUUGUUUAUAUUAAUUGGAAAGUUCAGAAAGAUCUUAAUAUCAGUGAAACAAGCAUGAUAUGUGACACUCGAAUUGUGAUUUUUGUAUAAAUUAUACAUCGUCGUCCUGACUACGUCAUGCUACGGGACGAUUGUCCUCAUCGGAUAUGCAGUUUACAACAAUGGUGUCUAUUAACUUGCAACGGUUACUUGGCAAUCAACUAAAAGGAAUUUUGCAAGGUGUAGCGCGUACUUCAGCAUGCCACCUAAGCCCCGCACAGGCGUGGUAGGCGCGCUGCAGCGGCUCGCGCGCCCGCUCCUGUGACUAGCCAGAGUUCUCACGAACGGCACGGGCGGCGGAUUAGGCGUGGGGCGCGGCGCGUGGCGGCGGCGCGGGCGCGGGCGGCGCCAUGACGCGGCGCCCGCUACCAUGACGCUGCCGCCGCCCGCGCGCCCCGCGCAUCCCGCCGCGCAUCGCGCAAUGCGCUAUUACCGCAUCUGGAUCUACGCGUGCAACGGCGCGCUGCUGUUGGGGGCGUUGGCGUUCUGUGCGGCGGCGGGCCGCGCGCUCUCCGAUUACCGUCGCGCGCUUGUGCCCGGGCUCGGCAUCGCGCAGCCGGGUUUUCUCUACGGAUACGCCGCUUUACCGGUGCAGGCGGGACUGCUGCAGCUAUUGGGCUGCCUCGCCGCUCUGCGCCUCUCUGAACGCAUGCUGAACGCCUACUGGCUUGCAUUAUUGGCUUUGCUGGUCGGUGAUUUGGCGAUUGGAGUCUACUGGGCUUUUCGAUUCGAGCGAGUCUGCCGUGAACUCCGCCCGCAAUUACGAAUUCGCCUUGCAAAAGACUACGACACUGACGUGAAUUUCUCAGAGGCUUGGGAUCGUCUACAGAGAGAACAACGUUGCUGCGGUGUAACAGGACCUGCAGAUUUUGCUGCUUUUAAUCGCACAGCACUCCCGGCUAGUUGCUGUCGCAUCCCAGCCCAUACGUCUGCCGUGACGCCAGCGCUGCUCGCCGUCACAUCCCCUACAUCAACUCCCCCUUUCACGCCAGUUCAUUGCGCACCCCAUACGGCCGCUUGCGCGGAGAGACUAAUAGUUUGGCUCAAACGGACUGCAGACGCCCUUUUCGUGCUAGGAUAUUGCGUAAUAGCAUUUUUAAAAUUGUGCUUCCUUGGAAUUCUCCGGUACGAAAUAAAGGAGAUGAUCCAGAAAAUUAGGAUAUUACGAAGCGAGCUCGGGGCGGGCGAACUUCUCGACGGCAGUCCGCUUCACGGGGGACCCCUGUCACAGACGGUUAUAGUGAAUGCGGUAAACGUGAACGGCGGCGUCAGAGCGCACGGCGGCAGCCCAGAGAGGGCGGGAGAGCGGGACGCUCUAUUGGGGAGAACCUCCGAGCCGUGUUCGCGGCGAAGUACGCAUGACGAACCUUUAGGGCCCAAAACAAUAAACGGAAAUAACAACUGCGAAAUGCGAGAACUGGCUCGAGGCGAAUAUCGACCUCUGGCGGCAGACAGUGCGGCGACCAGAAUCUGACUAAGAUGUUACUUGGAGCGGCUGUUCGGGCGGCGCUGGCGCUCGUUCCCGGCGGCGGGGUGUGAGGCGGAUCCGCCAUUGCCGCCGCUGGGCCGCGGCGCGCCUGUGUGCGUGCGUCGCGCACCUGGCGCCCGAGUGCGCCUUGACCACCGCCGGCAGACUCGCUCCGAAUUCGAACUGUGAGCUGCUCGUCUCAGCGCGGACCACCACCGAGCCCGCGCGCCGCACGUUGCCGAGGCAAGUGCUCACCAUAUCGCUGUCAAUUGGGAGUAGACACCGACACUAUCGGUAGGACUGAACAGUAAAUUUAUAGCGGUAGUUCAGUAAAUUGUACAAGCGAUACGAUCAGUGUUAGAGUGUUAUUAUUUUAAGAACUUUUUAAACUAUGAGAUAUGAGCGUGUAUUAAACGAUAUAUGUGUGAUAGAAGAGGUGAAUACAAUUAUUUCACGAGCAAAGCUUGUGUUUAGUUCCUACACAUGGCAGUUACUCUUUCUUUGUAGGUGCAUAAGACACAUUUUCGAACGGUUUUUGUUUCUGUUUUAAUCAAAUGUGGUAAGUAUAAUAAGAAACAACGUGUGCGUUGAAGUCGAAAGAAACCCAGUUGCAGAAAGUGCUGCUCCAUGCGCCUUACUGCACGGAUGUCGUACGCGUACAUGUUACAACAACAUUACAUGCAGAACCAAUCGAGUAUUAUUUAUAUUGUAUUUGUUAUGGUUUAGUUUUAAGUCGAAACAUUUUAAUAAUUGUAUACCAAUAGAUAAAUAUGAUUUUUACUUUAAGAUCACACGAACAUAAUAUAUUAUUAUUAUACACGUACUCCGCCACCGCUCGGAGCAUAUUGUGAUGUCAGUGCUCGACGUAUCAUGCGGUGGUUAUUCAACAUCGGCAAUCCGUCAGUGGUCAUACAUCUCAUAGGAUUAUGAUUAUUUCUGAGCAUAUCAUGUCAUGCAUCAGUACGGUGAACAAUAUUCAUAACCUGUAGUUUAGAACAAUAUACACUUGCUUUUAUAGAGGAGAAUCCGCGUCUCCAUCACGUCUCGUUUUGAGCUUACCUGCUUCAAAUCGAGAGUGCUUGAGGCGUUCAUUGUCCAUUGUCUAUUCGUCUAGUUCCCAAUAAAUAUUACCUAAGUAACGUUGUCGAUAAACAUAUUUUGUAAAUAAUAACCAUAAUUUUUACAUGUGUAGAAUGCCAGUAAUAAAAUUGUGCAUGGACAGGUCGACAAACAUAGUACUGAUAUGAGCUUAAUCGACGUAGUGCCUACAAUUAUAUGCUUGUAAACAGUGUAAAGCGGACAAAAGCAACUUAAAUAUUUUCAUUUUUAUGUCAGGUAUAUGUACAUUUUAGUACACUUCAUCAUCUCAAUAAAAUUAAAAAAUAUGCAAAAGCAUAAUAUAUGGCGCCUUUGAACAGAUUGCGCACACACAUAAAUUUGUUUAUUAUUAUAUUCAGUGAAUUUCAUUCAAAAGGCAAAAUUUAUUAAUGGCUGUGUCCAGUAUAGGUGAAACCUAUGACCCGUGUCGUGCAUUAAUCACAUAAAUUUUAUGCGUUGUGUGCGGCGCGGCGCGGUCGGGCGGCGCGGCCGAGCGGCGAGCGGCGCGCGCUGUCGCGGGCACCUGUCUUGAGUGUUCGCUAUACAGCAUGCAGGCACGUGGCCGCAUGCUCACUCGCUCGGUCUACCCAAGUACUUACACCUACUUAGGUAAAUGUACAUGUAUUCGUAAGAAAUACCUUUAUAGAUAUAUUAUGAUGACAAGUACGAAGUUAUGUUCGCUUAGAGUAGGUAUAAUAUUUUGUGAAUUUAUGCAGAAAAAUAGUUUUUUAAUAUUGUUGUCACAUGAAUGUACCAAUCUUAUAAAAAUUUGUACCUAUAUUCGGAAAGUUGAAUAAUUUGUAGUUAGGAUCCAAUCUAAAUCCUGCAUUUCUUCCAAAAAAAAAAACGGUAAAUUGACAUGUGCCUUGGCUUAUAAAAUUAUAUAACUGACGUUACGUUUAUUUAAUGUAACUAAUCUAUAUAUUAAAGUAAAUUGAAAUAACACUCAGAGUGGAGUCUAAUGUGCUGCCUACACCUUCUCAUAUUUUGUGUUUCUAUUGUACCUCCGUACUAGGUAGUCUUUACACUUGGAGUAUUGUUUAGUUCUACUUGCUAGAUGUUCUCAAUGGUCGUCGACCGCCAUGGUGUUUAUCGUUUGUUUUGUAUGACUCGUGUAACUUUGUGUGUUUGUAUGUUGACAAAGUCAUAAAACGUUCGUUCUAAAUACUUCUAUGAGCGAGUAUUGUCCGAUGUAAAUGAAUAAAUCAAAGACAUUACAUUGUACGUGAUGUUUUUAAUUAUUCUCUACUGUCAUUGUAUUUUAAUGUUUUUCUUGUUAAGUGUGUUUUAUUAUAAAUGGUAGAGUUGUUACAACUUUCCGAAGGUACGCACUAGGCGACUGAGAGCUAAUAUUAUCAUAACAAAUGCAUUAAAUUAAAGGUUUGUUAAAAUUU